AUGCCCCUUAAAUACAAAGGGUGGGAACUUGUCUUUAGUUCUGAACUUGAAAAUAAAGACAAUUCGUCCUCUCGAACUACUCCUGCAAGAAGAACCAACCGAGGAGGGAGAUCAACUAAAUCAUCACCAGACAAGCUUAUUCUACAACGCAAAUGUGAUCAAUUUCAAGUGAAACAGGGAGAAACAAUUCUUGUAACUGCUGAUGGCAAAUCCAACAUUGCCUUAAUCAAAGAUUUACGGUUUGGUAUCAAUGACUUUGUUGAGAUUUUCGUAAUCUGGUUCAGUGAAAGAAGUGAAAUCAAAUCAAUACCCUCCGGUGUUGACAUCGCCGACAAUGAGAUCUUAAUAACACCGUAUCUUGAUGAAAUCAAGCCUGAUCAAAUAGACAAACAUGUGCAAGUUUUUUCUGAAAAUAAAUUUGGAAAGCUCGAGGGGGUGCACCAGGAUGUGGAACCAAUAUUUAUGUGCCGUAGAGCGACGAACGAGCAGGACAAGUUCUCUGAGGUUUUCGAUUAUGAUGAGCUUAUGCUCAAAUUUACCGAAGAUUCUGAUCACUUUCAAGACACGUUGAAGGGGAUUCUAUUUGACUCUGGGCUGAAAAGGAGCCACAUUGCGAAGUCAGUGGAUGCAAAGCGUAGAGGCAUCGACACAAACGAGAAGGAAACUACAACAGAACUGAGGGACAAGGCAAAACCGCAACUCGGUGCCGCUUCUUCCGAGUCAGAAUACUCAGAUCCAAUCCUGGAAAGCGAAGAAGAGAGUGACGACUUUGAAGAUUCUGAUGUUGAGGAAAUACCAGGUAGAAAGUCAAAGUCAAAGUCAAAGUCAAAGUCAAAGUCAAAGUCAAAGCUCAAGCAGGUAGCCACACCAUCCCCACGAAAACGAAAAAUUGUACCUAGCCGAAGCAAGCCACUGUCCCCCACCAAGGCUGCCCGGGCAGCUGAUUCGGAAAUUGAAAGCAUAUACUCAGUGGUUACUCCUCGUAGGAAAAUAAGAGUUAUGCAAAACCAAGGACAAUUACCUUCGUUUACAUCUCCGUCCAAAAGACUUCUAGAUGGAACGCUCGACCCAACUUCGGAAGCAUUCAGAGAAGUAAAGGAGAAGCUACACACAUCGCAACGGUUAAACUCGCUCCCCGGUAGAGAAGAUGAGUUUCUGAUGAUUUACGCAAGUUUGGAAAGUGCAAUCAACGAAGAAACUGGUUGCUGCAUAUACGUUAGUGGAGUUCCUGGUAUGGGAAAAACAGCAACCAUCAAAGAUGUAAUCAAGCAAAUGAACGAACUAGCAACGGAAGGCUACGUCAAGCCAUUCAAUUUUCUUGAAAUCAACGGAUUAAAAUUGCUAGCUCCCACCGUUGCUUAUAGUAUGCUUUGGGAGCACAUAACUGGCGGUGACAAAGUGGCAGACGCGAACGCUGCAAUUUUGCUAGAGGAGUAUUUCAAAAGAAACGACGACAAACGAAAACCAUUGGUGGUGAUGAUGGACGAAUUGGAUCAGAUAGCCCAGAAAAAGCAAAAUGUCAUGUACAAUUUCUUCAACUGGCCAACAUAUACCACAUCCAAGUUGAUUGUUAUUGCUGUUGCAAACACCAUGGAUUUACCUGAGAGGGUUCUUGCCAACAAAAUUUCAUCAAGAAUGGGGUUGCGAAGAAUUCAGUUCAAGGGAUACACGUAUCAACAACUCGGUGCAAUAAUCCAACACAGACUUGAUUUGUUGACGAGGAACAGUAAGCACAAGGUGGAAAUAAGUCCAGAUGCCAUUGGGUUUGCAUCUAGAAAAGUUGCUAGUGUUAGUGGGGACGCUCGACGUGCUUUGACAAUUUGUCGUAGAGCCGUUGAACUUGCAGAGAAACAAUAUCUAGAAAACAAUGAUGAGAGCAAAGGAUCGUAUCAUGUUUUGAUAUCGCACAUAUCUCAAGCCAUCAGCGAAAGUGUAAACUCGCCAUUAGCAAAGUGCUUAAACACCUUACCGUUUGCAGCAAAGCUUUUCCUUGCAGCACUUUUGAGAAGAGCAAGACGAAGUGGCCUAGCGGAAAAUUCAGUGGGUGAUAUAAUCGAUGAGAUGAAAAACUCGAUGGCCAUGUUCACAUCAUCGAAUCCUUUCCUAACAGACACUUCAAUGUUUGAUUUGUUGUACACGGCCAAGCUUGGCGACAAGGUGCAGAUCAAUAUUAGAGUUCAUCACUUUGAGUAUAUUUUGAAUGCAUUAGUGGAAGAAGGAUUAAUCAAUCAUCAAAACUCUUCAAGUGAAAGAAGAAGAAUGGUGAUACUCAACGUCAGCGAAGAAGAAGUGGGGUCGGUAUUGAAAAAAGAUCAAGAUAUAUCACAGUUUCUAUAA